GUGGCGGCGGCGCCUCUCUUCUCCCGCGGUCCCGCGCUCGACCACCGCGUCUCUCUCCCCGCCGCAGCCGCGACGCCCGGCGCCCCCGCGCAGCGCCCCAGCCAGCCUCCGGGCGGGAAGGAGCCGCUCGCUCUCGGGAAAGUGACAACAGGAUUCAUAAAAGUGAAGAAUUUUUAAAGGUGACACAAAGAGAAGGAAAAUGCCGAAACCAAUCAAUGUACGAGUAACCACAAUGGAUGCUGAGCUGGAAUUUGCCAUUCAGCCUAAUACAACUGGCAAACAACUUUUUGACCAGGUGGUGAAAACAGUUGGCUUGCGUGAGGUCUGGUUUUUUGGGCUGCAGUAUGUGGACAGCAAAGGUUAUUCUACGUGGCUUAAGCUAAAUAAAAAGGUGACACAGCAAGAUGUUAAAAAAGAGAAUCCUUUACAGUUCAAAUUUAGAGCUAAAUUCUUUCCUGAAGAUGUUUCUGAGGAAUUAAUUCAAGAAAUAACCCAGAGACUUUUCUUCUUGCAAGUUAAAGAAGCAAUCUUAAAUGAUGAGAUAUAUUGCCCGCCAGAAACUGCUGUUCUUUUGGCUUCCUAUGCUGUGCAAGCCAAGUAUGGAGAUUAUAAUAAAGAGAUUCAUAAACCAGGCUACCUGGCUAAUGAUAGACUCCUACCCCAGCGAGUUUUGGAACAACACAAACUGACAAAAGAACAGUGGGAAGAAAGAAUACAGAACUGGCAUGAAGAACAUAGGGGAAUGCUAAGGGAAGAUUCUAUGAUGGAAUACUUGAAGAUUGCACAAGAUCUAGAAAUGUAUGGAGUCAACUAUUUUGAAAUAAAAAACAAAAAGGGAACUGAAUUGUGGCUAGGCGUUGAUGCUUUGGGUCUGAAUAUUUAUGAGCAUGAUGACAAGUUAACACCUAAAAUUGGUUUUCCCUGGAGUGAAAUCAGAAAUAUUUCAUUUAAUGACAAAAAAUUUGUUAUAAAGCCAAUCGACAAAAAGGCACCUGAUUUUGUUUUUUAUGCACCUCGUCUGAGAAUCAACAAGCGGAUUUUGGCAUUAUGUAUGGGAAACCAUGAACUGUACAUGCGAAGAAGGAAGCCUGAUACCAUUGAAGUACAACAGAUGAAGGCCCAGGCUAGGGAGGAGAAACACCAGAAGCAGCUGGAGAGGGCGCAAUUAGAAAAUGAAAAGAAGAAAAGAGAAAUAGCAGAAAAAGAAAAGGAAAGAAUAGAACGUGAAAAGGAAGAGCUAAUGGAACGUCUAAGGCAAAUUGAAGAACAGACAAUGAAAGCCCAGAAAGAACUAGAAGAACAGACUCGAAAAGCUCUGGAACUGGACCAGGAACGAAAACGAGCGAAAGAAGAAGCAGAAAGGCUUGAAAAGGAGCGUCGAGCUGCUGAAGAGGCCAAGUCUGCUAUAGCAAAACAAGCUGCCGACCAGAUGAAGAAUCAGGAGCAGCUAGCAGCAGAACUUGCUGAAUUCACUGCCAAGAUUGCACUUCUAGAGGAAGCCAAGAAGAAAAAGGAAGAGGAAGCUACUGAGUGGCAGCACAAAGCUUUUGCAGCCCAGGAAGACUUGGAAAAGACCAAAGAAGAGUUAAAAACUGUGAUGUCUGCCCCCCCUCCACCUCCACCACCACCGGUCAUUCCUCCAACAGAAAAUGAACAUGAUGAACAUGAUGAGAAUAAUGCUGAGGCUAGCGCUGAAUUAUCAAAUGAUGGGGUAAUGAACCAUAGAAGUGAGGAGGAACGUGUAACAGAAACACAGAAAAAUGAGCGUGUUAAGAAGCAACUCCAGGCAUUAAGUUCAGAAUUAGCCCAAGCCAGAGAUGAAACAAAGAAAACACAAAAUGAUGUUCUUCAUGCUGAGAAUGUUAAAGCAGGCCGUGAUAAGUACAAGACUCUGCGACAGAUUCGACAAGGCAAUACAAAGCAGCGUAUUGAUGAGUUUGAAGCAAUGUGAGAGCUGUUAUUUUGCAUACGUGUUCUUCAUAAGCUGAACCACCAACAGAGAAAAGCAGGCCUUUGCAGAUGUGAUGGAGUGCAUCCCACCUUGCCAAAGCACUUAUACCAGUUUGACUGUGGUGACUAACAGACGUAUCUAAGGGGAACUCUUCCUCAUUAAGGCAGUGUGAUAUCAUGUUUGGUUUUCCUUUUUUUUUGGGCCAGGGAAUGGAGAACAGUGUUCCAUCACCUUUCACGAUUUUCAUUUUCCAUUUUUUUUCUGUUGAAGAUUAACACUAAUUAUCACGUCUGACCAAUGUGUAUGUGUGAUUUAAGCACUUUGUAUGUUUCAAAGGAUGAUGGUUACUUACUGAGUGUUUAGGUAGAGCACUCUGGUUUUCCUCGCCCCUCCCAUGUUUUAUCUGCACAUAUUUUCACAUUCUUUCUCAUUCAUAUUUUCUCAAUGUCUCCUUGUAUCUUGCCAUACCACCAUACAGAUCAUUGGCAGUGUUUAAAAUGAGGGUAGGUGACAGGGUGGACAGUGUUUGAUCAUUGUGAGAAAACAGAUAUCAAUCAUGAAGAGGAUUAGAAUGUUGAAUGGUGUAGUGUGCAGCUGGUGGCUAAGUUUUUAAAUCCCAAUUUAAUUACAUUAUUGGAUAUUUGAUGUUUGCUUACUAAAUUACAGUCAUCUUUGACAGCUGAAUUGAUUGGUGUUUCAUCUCCUGUCACCCUUUGGCUUUCUUUACUUACCAAUUCACAAAGGUGUAGACAGCAGGUAGUAGGUCCCUAGGAAAAUUUAUUGAUGAAACGUUAUCUGCAAAUAACAGUCAUCUUUGAAAGAUUUAAAAGUUUUGUUCUUUCAUAGAUUGAUUUAGACAAAGAGAUAUUUAAUAAAAGAAAAUAUCGUUUGUUGGUAAUUGAUUAUAAUCAUUAAAAAGAACUUGGACCUUUCUGGAAGGACAGCCUAUGAAAACAUUAGUCCCAGAGAAGGGACAAUAAAUACUACCUCACUACUACACCUGCGAUGACUGGUUGUUCAAACACAACAGAGUGUGUCAGCUGUAUGUUUUAUAAUACAUAGUGAUGCUUUCAAUCAUGAAGGAAUAUUUUUGAGAUUUCCUUUUAUCUUCAGAAUAUCUUAGAGUGCUAAAUUUUUAACUGCCUUUUUGUUGAGCUGAAUUGUGGGACUUUGUACUAAAAUUGUAAGCUCUUGCUGGUAUACUAUCUUCCUGGAGGGGUGUUGUAUGCCUGAGGAAGUAAGUAUGUGUGUGUGUGUGUGUGUGUGUGUGUGUGUGUGUGUGUGUGUGUGUGAGUGUGUGAGAGAGCGAGAGAGGUUUCCCUUGUAGCAUGUGAAGAAUGUCUGUACCUUCAUUUCCUGAUGUAAUUGUUACAUAAUCAUUUUAGCAUAUUUGAUUUCUAAAUCAUUGUGCUUAUUUUUUUCAAUCUCUAACUAAGAAUACUUAAAUUUGUUUUUUUAAACCUAUUUUAGAAAUUAUAAUGUUAGGUUAUAUUAAGCUCAAUUAUGUCUUACAAGGAAAUCUUUCCUGUUUGAAAGAUGUUCUAAUACUCACGUGUUCUAACAUUUUCUUUAUUGUAAAAUAUCUAGAUUUGGAGAUAAGAAAAGCCUUGUUUUCUCUGGGUGGUUCAGCUACUUUCCAUUUGGUAUUAUGCACUCAAAUUUACAUUUAUCUAUUAAAAUUGCCAUUUUGUUAAACAUUUUUCAUGCACAGUAGAUCCAACUUGUGUCUGAAAAUAUCUCUUGUGCUUUUUUGAUUUUGCUGACUUUAAAAGGAUUAAUCUGGGCAGACAUAAUGAAAAGGAAAGGUUGCAUUUAAUAUAUUUUUUGGACUUUGUAGGACAAAAGAUAACUGGUUACCCUUGAAGUCACUGUUGUACGGUGGUUGUGCAUAUGCUUCAAAAUACUGUGGAAGAGAAUGUUUCUGCUUGCAGCAUGCUAGAGGACUAGAGGGUGAACGCUGCUGUUGAUGCUUUCAAGCCUGUGUUCACUUUUCCAGAGCGUUAAAACAAUUGCCAUAAAGGGGAAAACUUGGACUUCCGUUGGAUUUUUAUUAAUUUUCUUCAUUUUGAAUUGUGUGCACUACCAUUGUCACAUCAGUUUGAUAUCAGUGUUGAAAAAUUACCAGUUAUAUUUGCUGUUUAUAAUCUAUUUGUAGAUUAGGAUUAAAAUGGAUUUAAUCCAUUUUUAAAGCUGUGUGAAUUUUUCUAAACAGGAACAACUAUUUGCAAUAUAGGUUUUCAUAGUGAUUAAACCAAUUAUAACUUUUAUUAUUAGCAAUUGAGAGCACAUGUUCAUAUAGCAAUGUAAAAAUAUAUUAAUGAGUAUUUGGUAAAUUCCAACAGGCUUUUACCAUUAGCAUAAUUUUGUGUUGUACAAUUAAGUUACAAUUACAUCUAUAAUUUUGGAUAACAUUCAUUGGUUAACAAUAAAGUGACAAAAGCUCA